AUGAUGUCUAUAGGUUUAUAUGCCGGAUGUACAAUGACCUGCAGCUUUUGGGGUGUUUAUCCCUACACCGAUGAAAAUGGACCGUUUUUACCAAUCGCCGCUUAUAUUCCUAUUAACACAACAGAUUCCACAACAUUUGGAUUUGUCUAUGCUUACGAAAUUAUUGCCACGUUAAUUGGAGGAUACACUGACUUAAGUUCUGACUGUUUAAUCGCAAGUUUAAUAAUGGUUGUAUGUGGACAACUAAAUAUCCUAAACGAUUCCUUAGUAAAUAUUACCAAAAUGGCUAAUCAAGAAUUAAAGGAAAUGAGAUGCUGUAACUUUCGACAUAUGCAUAAAAAGCAAGAACUUGUAAACCAAAAGUUGAAGGAAUGUGUCGAUCAUCAUAAAGCUAUUUUGGAAUUUGGCCGGCCGCCUAGUGAUACAUGUAACGUUUACGAGGAAAAAAUAAACCCUGGACUUGAUGAAAUUGCAAAAAAGGUUUCUGCAGCAGAAUUAAUGGUACGCAAACGUCUAGCUAAAGGAUUUUAUUCAUUAGUGGCGAAUUCUAAAGAAUUAUCAAAACAAAAUGCUAACAUUUUGGGUUUGGUUUUUGAUUUUAUACAAAAUGUAGAUAUACCAAAAGUGCCAGUGCAAGAGAUCUGCUACCUUCCAUAG